CCUCUCCCCUGGACUCGUUUAAAUACGACCAGGUCCCUCGCGGCUCUGUUCUUUGUGCGUUUCCUUCGGUUAUCUUGGAUAAACGAAAACAUCAAUAGCAGACAGAAGUCUGACAUAGCCAACCAGUACCUAGCUAAAGCAGCAGCAGCAGCAGCAGCAGCAGCUACGCAGUAGCAAUAGCAGUAGCAAUGGCAAUGACAGCAUUCGAAGAUGACUCCAAUUUCUAUCCUCCGCAUCAUGGCAUGUCGGUCAGAGAGUAUCUCGCUACGCGAAUCUCUACGCUGAAGCCUCCGAUGACGAAAGCACCCAACCCCAUUCGCCUGGUUAGGAUGUUGACUCGUCGUCAAUGGGCUUUCUUUUUUGUCGCAUUCUGGGCUUGGACUUGGGACGCUUUCGAUUUCUUCACCGUCUCUCUGACAGUGGACGAAUUAGGCAAGACCUUCAACAAGUCCAACACGGACAUUACCUGGGGAAUCACGCUCGUUCUAAUGUUCCGGUCCCUGGGUUCCAUUCUUUUCGGUGUCGCGGCAGAUCGGUAUGGUCGAAAAUGGCCAUUCAUCGUUAACAAUAUUCUCUUCAUUGCGCUUGAAUUGGGAACCGGAUUCUGUCAAACGUACGGCGAAUUUCUCGCCUGUCGCGCCCUCUUCGGAAUCGCCAUGGGCGGUCUUUACGGAAACGCCGCCGCAACGGCUCUCGAAGAUCUGCCCGACGAAGCGAGAGGUUUGAUGAGUGGUAUUCUUCAGCAGGGCUAUGCAUUUGGUUACCUACUCGCUACCGCCUUCGCGCGUGGUUUAGUCGAUACCACAUCUCAUGGCUGGCGUCCGCUGUUCUGGUUCGGCGCCUGUCCUCCUGUCCUCUUCAUUCUCUGGCGUCUCAUUCUGCCUGAGACCGACACGUACGAGCAACACCAGGAAAUGCGGCGCGCCAACGGAAGCGUCGGGAAGACGUUCAUACAGGAAGGAAAGGUCGCUCUCAAACAUCAUUGGAUGCUUUUGACGUACCUGGUCCUCCUCAUGGCUGGCUUCAAUUUCAUGUCGCAUGGCUCCCAAGAUCUAUACCCGACUAUGCUGAAGAACCAGUUCAACUUCAACUCCAACCAAGUCACCGUCACCCAAGUAGUCGCAAAUCUUGGCGCCAUGUCCGGAGGUGCUGUCGUCGGUUUCUGUUCGCAGAUUUUCGGUCGACGUCUUAGCAUUUUGGUCAUGUGCGUUAUCGGCGGCGCCUUGCUCUACCCGUACGGCUUCGUGUCUAACGAGAGAAUUAUCGCCGCCGCCUUUUUCGAGCAGUUCUGUGUUCAGGGAGCCUGGGGUGUUAUCCCCGUGCAUCUGAUGGAACUGUCGCCUGGCGCGUUCCGAACCUUCGUCGUCGGUACUAGUUACCAACUCGGAAAUCUCGUGUCGUCUGCUAGCUCAACCAUCGAAGCCACUAUCGGAGAGCGUUUCCCCCUCCCACCCAAGGGCACCACGAAGCGAUACAACUACGGCAUCGUAAUCUCUAUCUUUAUGGGCUGCGUGUACGUCUACGUGAUCGUCCUGACUAUCCUAGGCCCCGAGCAUCUGAAUAGGAAGAUGGACGUCGGCCACGACGCUGACGCAGUCGAGGCAGCAGGACAGGAGAACGUCAGCAAGGCUCUAGCGCAUGGGCGCGACGCCUCUGCCAGCGAGGACGGUGACCCGGAGAAAGGGACAGCUAGCCACCACUCUCCUUAGAAUUUGAUC